AGCAGAGAAUGGAAGAAACCUGUUUACUGGUCAUCCUGCUGCUCUCAGGAGGACUUUCCACUCUUCCUCCCCACUCCAGAGAAUACCACUUUGUGAACCAGCUGAAGACCUGGACUGAAGCUCAGAGUUACUGCAGAGAACACUUCACUGACUUGGUCACCAUCUACAACAGCAACAUCAACCAACUGCUUGUGACAAUGGCACAAAAUGUUGACUGGGCUUGGACAGGGCUCUAUAAUGAUCGUUACAGCUGGAAGUGGUCCAUGGAGGGAAAACUUUUUUAUGUUGGCAGCACACAUGAAUUUUUGAUCUGGGCUAACGGCCAACCAGACUGUGUAAAUGCAAAGGAAUACUGUGUGGCUCUUCAGGGACAAACACAGAUGGAUGAUAGACCCUGUGGAGCUUCUUACCCUUUCCUGUGUUACAAUGCCAGCAGUUCAAGUUAUAUCUUAGUGAAUGAGAGCCGCUCCUGGUCAGCGGCUCAGUCGUACUGCAGGACAUACCACACAGACCUGACCAGUAUAAGAAGCAAAGAGGAGAAAUCCAACAUCACGCUCACUUUGAAUGGAUCAGGGGUUCAGUAUGUGUGGAUUGGUCUCUACAGGGAUCCCUGGGCCUUCUGGUCUGACAACACAACCUCCACAUUCACUAACUGGAAUCCUGCUGAGCCUAAUAACCUCAAUCCCAAUGAGUACUGUGUAUCAAUGUAUGUAUUAUCUGGAAAAUGGUAUGAUGGUGGCUGUAACUACAGAAUCCGUUUUUUCUGUUUCACAGCAGUGACAAAGCAAACAGUGGUGAAAAUGAAGCUUCAGUCAGAGGCAGACAUGCACAGCACAGAGAUCCAGCAGCAGGUUUCACAGCAGCUGUCAGGCCUCAUGCUGUCAGAAGGACUGACAGACUUCAGGAUUCGUUGGAGGAAAGUCCAGAGUUACCGUGACGACCAGUCGAAGAAGCAGGAUGUGGACGGUGGCUGCAAAACUGAAGUCUGACUGGACUGAACCACUUCAUGUGUGAAGUUAAUAACAUGCUGUGCUGAGCUGUCUCAUCCUUUGAAUCUUUCAAUAUUUCAGAGUGUAAAGUUCCACCAACAGCUCAUUUGUUCAGCUGCAGUUGUAGUUUGGUAGAAAUUCUUUAAUCAGAGGUCCACUCACUAGUUUUCCUGAUAGGCUCUAGUCUCUUGUUUUGUUUUGCAGCGUCUCUUUCAACACUUUAGACACUGUCCUUCUGUGGACGUCACUGCACAGGCUUUGUCUGUGUGCAGUUUAUUAGGAUCCAUAGUUCUGUUUCAUCUGACAGCAUCCUCUGCUGACUUACACAAAUGAUGGAGAGGAAAGUGAAGAGAGCCAGAGAUCUGCUUGAGGAGGUCAGGGGGGGACAACAAAACAUUGUACUGUUUAUGUCCUGUUUCUACUUCUGCUGUUUAAUAACUGUAACAGCCAUAAAUGAGACCAUAACAGUCCCAAACCUUAUCUGAUAGAAAUUUGGUUCAUCGCUUUCAAUGGAGUGCAGUUUCAAAGCAUGCUGGAUGUCCUCGUAUCUGUCAUUUUAACUUGACUGCCACUUUGUAGGAGCAGACAGAGUCACAGAGACCUAACUGUAGUAAGCAGAGCAGGUGAUGGGUAAAGCUUGUGCUGGUGUUGCCAUAGUUACUGUUGUGAUCUUAGUUUUUGACUUGUACUUUCUCCUGUGUUAACAUGUUUGUCUACUUUUGUGUUUGUAGCUUUCAGCUUUCUUCUAGUUAUAAUUUAAAGGGUUUUUACGUGUUCAGUUUCUUUUAUUUCAAGUAAUAAAACAGCUAUUUGAUUGAAAACGAUGCAUCGAUGUAGAUAGGUAUACAGAAAGUAAUAUAAAGCAAGAGAUACAUAUUUAAAAAAUUAUGGAAAUAUGCAGAGGGUUUUUAUUGCCUUGUGCGGCUCCUUUUCUUAUUCAAUAAUUUGACUAUAGAACAUUUACAUCUUGCCCACACUGACAAUUUGGUUUGUUUCAUUAGCUUGGCUGGAGUGAACUCAUGAAAAUAGGGACUAUUUUUCUAUUAUUAAGUGAAUAAGUGAAUGUGAUUUCUACAAUCUAAAAAAGAGCAGCUGUAGUGGAAACAGGAAGGUUGAGAGAAGACAGCUGACUGAAAACUCCAGAGAAACUUAUACAUGUUUAGUUAAACUGGUGCUGGUAAGUAUUUUAUAUGCAUGUUGCAGUUAUGCUUUGUACUACAAUUGUGUUUAAUAUAUAACUUUUUAUUAAUGACAGUAAAAGGUCAAAUCCCAAUGUUCCUGCUCAGACAUGAAGGUUGAACGUUGUCUCAGAGUAAAACUGGAUGCCUGAGGUCUCACAAAGUUCUCUUGAAUAUUUUCUGUGCGUCUGUAUGUUUUCAGACUUUAACUUAAGGCAUUACUCACAGUUUAUACCACUGUGAUGUUAACCACAGGUUAACCAGGGCAAUCAUGAAAACACUACGAAAAAAAAAAACCUUAAAUAAGCAGAAGAGAAAAAACUAACUCUUAACCCAUAGAACCGCGUUUUUAGUCACUGAAAACGGAGAUUUUUAAAAAUGCUUUGGCAUGUUCCUAGCAGCGUUUUCCUUCAUUUCUGCCUUUA